AUGUGGCACGUAGAUUCCCACAUGCUACGCGACUGGCAGCAGCAGGGACACGACAGAGGGAUGGACUCCUUCAAAGUAGUUCCUGUAUAGGAAGCAGCCAUGUCAACUCUAUACCCAUCCCUGGAGGACAUGAAGGUGGAUCAAACCUUGCAGGCUCAGGCGAAUGCAGCCACCACGGCUCUGGCUGGGGUUGCAGAGAAGUCAGAGCCAGCGACGGCCCCACCUGUUCUGUACCCAAACCUCACGGAGCUUGGGGAUUACAUGGGGCUCUCGCUCUCCAGUGAAGAGGUCCAGAAGGACCUAGCCCUGGUCCCAGCAAGUGGCAACCAGGCAGGGGCCCUGGUCCCUUCCUCCCAGGGUGUGCUGGUCGCCCCACUGACGGGAAACAACCUCGGGCUGCGCAGGGCAGAGAUCAGGCCGGGCCUGCGGGAGCUCCACCUCUGCAAGGACGAGCGUGGGAAGACUGGGCUGCAGCUGAAAAGCAUCGACCAGGGGGUGUUUGUGCAGCUGGUUAAGGCCAUCUCCCCAGCGUCCCUCGUCGGGCUGCGCUUCGGGGACCAGGUGCUGCAGAUCAACGGGAAGGACUGCGCUGGCUGGAGCACAGACAAGGCCAACAGGGCCCUGAAAAAGGCCGCCCCGGAGAAAAUCGUCGUGAUCGUGCGAGACAGGCCCUUCCAGCGCACGGUGACGAUGCACAAGGACAGCACGGGGCACGUGGGGUUUGUCAUCAAGAAGGGGAAGAUCGUUUCUCUCACCAAAGACAGCUCUGCAGCCCGGAACGGCCUCCUCAUCAACCACUACAUCUGUGAGCUGAACGGGCAGAAUGUCAUCGGCCUGAAGGACAAACAAAUCCUGGAUAUCCUGGCUACAGCUGGUAACGCCGUCACCAUCACCAUCAUCCCCACAGUGAUCUACGAGCACAUGGUCAAACGGCUGUCACCGAGGCAGAUCAAGUCAUCCAUGGACCACUCGCUUCCUGAUGCUUAA